GUAGUAGGAAGAACUACCAGUAACAAGCAGUAGUAUCCGGUAGUAGCUGAAGUGACUAGUAGCAGAACACAGUGAAAAGUUAAAGUGAAAUAGAAAAAGUUUAGCUAGCCGAAAAAGGUCGUAACUGAAAAAUCGCAGUUACACAUAGUCGGAAAAAGUGGCAACUGAAAAUUCUCAGUUGCAUAGAGUAAAAUAGUGUCAGCUAGCCAAAAAUAGUGGUAACUGAUAUUCGCAGUUACAUAUAGUGAAAAAGUGUUGGCUAGCUGAAAAAAGUGGUAACGGAAAUUUCGCCGUUACAUAUCGUGAAAAGUGUUAGCUAGACGGAAAAAGUGGUAACUGAUAUUCGCAGUUACAAAAGUGUUUAAAUUCAACUAAAUUUAGUUGAUUAAUAGCUGCUAGUCAGUAGUGUUAGAAAACCAGCUGCUACCAAUAGAAAUAUUUGAUACUACCAAUAGAAAUUUGUUACUCCCAAUAGAUAUUCAAAAUUACCAAUAGAAAUUGUAGAGAAUACCAAUAGAAACUUGUUACUGCCAAUAGAAAUUUGAUAUUACCAACAGAUAUUUUGAAAAUACGAAUAGAAAUUUUAAAAAACCAAUAGAAAUUUUAAUAUUACUGUGUGUUUAAUUAAAUCUGUGUUUUAAAAUAUAUAGUGAACAAUCAUAGUUGAAAAACAGUGUUAAAUAAAUAAAUAAGUUAUAAUAUUUCGCGACUAAUUAAUCAGUCGAACCGCUGGCCACUCCCUUGCUAUUUUAAUUUAUAAAUCGUGCAUUUUUAAUUCUGAACCUCAGUCCACAGUUCUCCAACAGCAUACACAAAGGCGGUAGUGAAAGUAUCCACCGGAACCUAUAGGUGUAGGACGUGAGCGGCUCGCGGAGUAUCUUCGACAACAUUUACUCCGGAGAGUUACGCCCGUCCGGCACAGAAAAGGAAAAAAAAUGUUCUUUUUUUUGUUUUGAUUUUUAAUGAGUAGAAAAUUAUAUUCGUUUCUGGUAGCACUAAAAACAAAUAGGGCGCCGUUGCAUUAUUGUCGUUCAAGGUUGAUUGUAGUUUUUGUUUGGAUUGUAUCUCCUUUUCUACGAUUUUGCGAGCUUAGGACGUCGAAUUAAGAUUUAUUUCGUCCGUUUUGUGUUGUGCAAAGUAUUAGACAUUGAUCCGCAGUGAAAUACGAGAAAGUGACUCUAAAAACCGUGCUGUGGAAUGGCGGAUAAAGAAAAUAGAAGGAAGUGUUUUAAGUGCGGCAGCUCACGGGCCGUAGACAACAUUAAAUUAUUUAUUUUUCCGAAACCCGAAGUCUGCAGUAAAGAACAUUCACAAACUAUAUAGUAACACUACGCGAGAACAUUUUGGGUACGUAUUUAUUCACUUCAAGACCUUCAAGUUCUAACCUUAAAGAGAACUCUUUAACCAACUUAUAAAGGUUAUUUCUCAUAACCAUCUAUAAACAGAAUAUUGGUUAGUAAACCACUAGAACUACUUUGAUAUUAUUCGUAUUUAAUAAUAAUAUUUUUUGGUUUCAGCUGUACAUUGUAGGCGAAAUAUUUGUUUCCUGCCAAAGAGCUUUCCAGGAAAAGCUACAUAAGGAGCACAGAAUGCUGAGUGAAAAACAUAUUAAUGAUGGUGAUUUUAAUGAUGCUUCCAAGAAAUGUACAACCCAAAAGAUGAUUUUAUUGAAGAGUAUCAGGUCAUGGUACCAUGGUACCCACUAUUUCUCCCGUGCAUUUUCAACUGCAAAUAGACUUGCUGUACUAAUGAAAAAGGUCUUAAAUCAGUGCUUUCAGGCUGGAAUAAAUAUAUCUACAAUAGUCUGUGACAUGGAUGAAGUAAAUUGGCGAGUUCUGUCUGUUUUGGGUGCAAAUAUGCAACAACCCCAUUUUACAUUCCACAACAAAGAAAUAGUGACUCUUUUUGAUAAACCACAUUUGUUAAAGCGUUUUUGAAAUUUAUUUAUGGAAUAUGACAUUCAGUGCAGAACAAAUAUUUCAUCUGGUAGUGAGAUUGGAACAGGUAAUUUGAAGAGUAGUUUUGCAUUUUAUAUAAAUUAUUUGACAAAGCUUGUUGCAGAAUUUUACAUAAAUGUCUAGUCACCUAAAUUAAUCAACUAAAAUAAAUUAUAAGAAAUUAUAUAAAGAGACAUUUUAAGUGUUAAUUCAGGGUAAUAAAUAGACAACCAAAUAUUGUUAAAAUUAAUUUAUGAGUUUUUACACUUUGCCGGGUGCAAUGCAAGAGCUUAUUUAUUAAUUAAGUUGCUUGAGAAAAAUAUAUUUAUAAUAUCAAUUCAUUCAUGAUUGUAAAUUAUAUAUAAUAUUAUUUUUAUCAUUGUUUUACAUAGUUAAUUGAAAUAUUGUGAUAAAUAUUGAAUUUUAUUUUCUUGUUUGAACUUAUGUAAUGACUAUAGAUAGAACUAAGUUGCUGGAGAAAUUUUGGUUUCCUUCUGUUGUGUUAUAGUAUUAUGCAUGUUCAAGAAAUGUGUUUUUGUACCUUAGAACCACCUGCUAUUAGGUAGCCAGCAUACAAAUACUGGUCGUGUCGGUGAUGCCGCAUGUAUGGUGGUCACAUUCCAUCAGGACUAUAAUACUAAGUCUACAAGACAGACAUUGUAGGCUUAUUACUAUGGUCCUGAUAACACCCUUUGGGUCCAGACUUAUAAAAAGAAAAGUUAUGAGAAAAGGUGGUACAUGCUUUCAUAUCUUUUUCUCUUAUAGGUAAUUAGUGGGUAGAACAUAUUGUUGGAAAUUACUUGUCAUUUCUAUAAUUUAUACCUAAAACACCAGUUUUGUAAAGUACUUUUUUUAAGUUAUGUAUAUUUUUUAAUUUUAAUUUGUAUUUUGAAUAAAUAAAUAGAAAACUGUAAUU